CAUUUCAGUGUUGUGGCGGUAGUGCGCGAGGAGCGGCGCGUGUCCCGGUCGCUUUAUCACGGAAACAAACUCAAUCCCAACAGGAAACGACACCGGGAUUAUUUCUCAUUCCUGUAUCAGUGUUUCUAGAGUAUAUAGAGUCCAUGUAUCAGUGUUACUAGAGUAUAUAGAGUCCAUGUAUCAGUGUUACUAGAGUAUAUAGAGUCCAUGUAUCAGUGUUACUAGAGUAUAUAGAGUCCAUGUAUCAGUGUUACUAGUCUAGAGAAGCUGUAACGCGCGCGCGGAGAGCUCACACUGCUCUUUUCAGCAGUUCACGUUUGUACAUGUGCGCGCAGCUUUUCACACACACACACACACACACACACACACACACACACACAGAGCUUCCACAGCCCUGAGCCACGCUCCGUGAUUCCUGCGCGAGCCUGAAAGCAGAAGGCAGAGAUGAAGUUUGUGGCUGCAGUGCUCGCGCUUUCCCUCCACAUCACAGCCCUGAAGGUGGUGGCAGGUGAUGUGUGUGUUAGCGGGAAGUAUACGUCCUCGGGUGAGUGUUGUAGUCUGUGUCCUGCAGGCACAGGAGUGGCGUCCAAUUGUGAACAAGACGACACCAAAUGCCAGCCAUGCCAAGAGGGUGUGACUUUCUCAGGCUCUGAGGGACUGUCAGGGUGUCGGCCUUGUUCACAAUGCCCUUCAGGUAUCCCCCAGCUGGCACGCUGCACCAUCACCCAAGACACCCACUGUGACUGCGGCAAGGGCUUCUUCCUGUGGAAGCGGAUGAACGACACCGAUGCUGUCUGUGCCCCGUGUGCCGUUUGUGGCCGAGGAGAGGGCGUAGUGCGGGAGUGUGGCCCUGCAGGAAACACUGUGUGUCAGCCAUGUGGUCCCGGCACCUUCUCUGAGGAUAAAAGCUACAACCACACCUGCAUGCCAUGCUCCCAGUGCGGAGAGGAAGAGGUGGAGAUCAGGCCAUGCCAGCCCAAGUCAGACACACUCUGCAUGGAUCGAGACCUGCACAUCUUUUCGCGGAAUGGAUCUGAGGGGCCGUGGGAGUUUCCACGUCGACCUGUUUCGUCCGACGAGGAGCGUGAGAAGAAGAACAGAGUGGUGACUGGAUCUGAAGCUCCAGACCUUAGCUCUCAGCACCAUCAGGGAGGCAACAAUAUCCUGAUCUAUGUAUCUGUGCUAGCAGCCGUGGUGCUGGGACUCCUGAUCUACGUCGCCUACAAGUGCUGGAAAUCAUUCCAGCAGAAGGCGGCUCUGGGGAAAGCCCGUGCUGCAGAGCUGAACAACGUGGUCGAGGGCGAGAAGCUACACAGCGACAGCGGCGUGUUCCUCGACUCUCACAGCCUGCAGGAGAGCCAGCCGAGCAAAGGCAGUAAGCAGGACAGCAAGCAGGACUCACGCUACAUUAACCUGCCCCCUCACAGGCAGGAGGAGGUGGAGAAGCUCCUGGCUGAGGGUGGAGGUCGGAGCUGGAGGCAGCUGGCCACUUUGUUGGGUUACGAGCAGGAGCGAGUGGACAUGUUUGGCCGUGGUGAGGACCCCAUCCACACACUGCUUACUGACUGGGCACAACAGGACAGCUCAACACUCGAGCUGCUGUCCACCGCACUGAGCAACAUCGAGCGCCACGAUGUAGCCAAAGCACUCAGUUCCCCCAAUCAAGGUAUUACCAUGGUCUGAAUUCACUUCAUUUCAGUGGCCUGAAAGAUGGACAGCAAUGGACCCUAAUGAGGAAAAGAGCACAGCACUCGUUUCUGCCUGACAUGGAGAGACUUUACACUCCAAACGUGAGGAAAAGAACUGUAUCCUGCUUGUUUUAUAUCGAUAUAAGUGCCUUUUUGCUCAAUUUUGCAGCGCUUUCCACCAAGAAUGGAUGCUCUGCUCGUCUUCCGUUCAAGACUGUUUCAGUAUUUAUGUGCAGAGGACAGACUUCCUUUUCAGAGUGUUGACAAGCCAGAGCAAAACGUAAUACUGGCUUUAUAAUAGGGAAAAAACUGGCCCUUUGUUCUUCAUACCGCAUUAUAGUAAACGUUGUCAUUAAGAGUGGUUCAGAUGGCUUUGGUUACUGCCUGUGGGUUGCAUCAAAAAGCAGGGAACGUGUUUCAGUGCUGUUUUCCACACUCACUCUUGCAGGAGGAGGAGCGUUUUGUUUUGGAGGAGUUAUUAUUCCUGCAAAAAAUGCUUCGUCUUUCUAAUGCAAACAUUCAGAUUCUUUGAACCUGAGCACAGCUUUCCAAUGUGUGACUCAGUUUUCCCCCAAACUGAAACAAACGUACACACAUGCUGUAAAUGAAAAAGGAAGCAAUGUUGUUUUAUGGACAAACUAUGUGUUGUAUGUUAGCAAAUACCUAAUCAUAAAGCACUGUUUCCUUCUGUGUGUAAACAGUUGAUCAAAUUAUACAACUAGAAAUAUAUCAGUGAUAGGGAGCAGCACCAUGUGACUGUAUUGUUUGUCCUGUCAAUCAUGAAAAACAUUUGUCUUUUCUUUGUCUUUUAAUAAAAAAUAAUAACAGCC